AUGGCCAACAACAAACCAGCCUGGCUGCUCGACCCCGUCGUGGCCCAGGUAGGCGACCGCUUUGUGGCCAGCACGCCCCUUGCUGCUGGCCACAUUGCCAAUGCCCUGGGCUACACGCGCCACCAAAUUCGGCGCCUGGCCAAGCUUGAAGAGCUCUUUGCCACUGCACAAGAGGUGGCCAGCGCUCAGCCCCAGAACACGGAUGACCUGCAGCGUCUAGUCGAGGAGACCUGCCAGCGCCUCGAGCAACUGCCCGUCGGUGGCUGGAGCGUUGUACCAGCUGGUUGGCAGUCCCCGAACGGCUCCAACUUCCUCUUACUGCUGUUGGAAAAGACAGCCGCGGGUAGCUUUGCCGUGGUCGUCUGCAACGCCGGCUCUGGCCUCAGCUAUCACCCUGCCGAAGCCGCUCGCUCCAACAAGAUGAAGUUUCGACUGGCCGCGCGCAUGGAGAACAUUCCUGCUGUCCGCCUUCUUUCCGUCCCGCUUUGGUCGCUCAUCUACACCCAGACGCUGCAAGAGUCGGAACACCAUCGGCAGGAAGCCUUGUACGACGUCAUCUUGCCUUUUCUCGCGGGCCAGCUGCUGCCGCAAGCUUGGGCUGAGACACGCGACGAUCCGGCUGCUCGCUUUCGCACCCCAUCGCGUGGCGAUACCCCGCAUUACCAUUGCGUCAUUGAAGCCACCCGGUACCUCCUCGCUCGUCGCGGAUUGUCUUCAGAUCAACUGGCCCAACUUCAGUACGCUCUCAGCCGGGACACCAUGCAGAAGGUGCACGAGGAUUUGCGAGUGUUGGCUGACCCCGUUGAGGCUCUUGACGAUGGUCUGGCCUGGGGGCUGGGCGAGGCGCCUCCUCGCGAUGGGCCUGGCCGUCUGCCCGAUCCGCUCAUGUCCAAACUGUACAACAGCACGCCGGUCAUGACGGCCAGCCUCGAGCGCGUGCCCAGCGCCACGCUCCGCCAACAACACUUGCUGCUGUAUGCUGGGGCCGAGUGGUGUGAGCCUUGCAAUCGCUUCCUGCCCAAGCUCAUCGCCGUUCACAAUGCCCUCCAGCGCCGUGGCGUGAACGCCCACGUAGUCUACCUCUCCAAUGAUCGCAGUCCCGACCAGUUUACCACCUAUCGCCAGCGCAUGCCAUCCUCCUGGCUUGCCGUCGACUUUGCCGCGGGCGAGGCACGCCAAGAGCUCAUGCAGGCACUGGGUCUUCGCGCGCUGCCAAGCCUUGUUGUUCUGGGCCCCGAGGGCCAUGUGUAUAACCUUAACGCCGUCCAAAAUGUUCAAAGUGAUCCCGAUGCGCAAGCCUUUCCCUGGUCCCCAUUGGCCCUGGCCGAGCACAGGGCCCAACAGGGGCCCCAGCCCUUGCCCUCGCAUGCCGCCAAGGUCAUUCGCUGGGCCUGUGAAGCCGCUGUGCGGCGUGGCAUUCGUGAACACCGGGCUGGUCGCCUCGAUGUGGCCGGACUGCGCGCACUACAAACCCACACAGACCGCGUGGCUGGGCUCGUGCACGAGCUGCCAGGUGGUCAUCGCUUCAUCUCAGACAGCCACGAGCGCCUGGCCCUACAGGACGCCGUUGCGCCCGCGGCACAAUAUCCCGUCCAUGCACUGCCACGCGGUGACCUGCUUGUUCUUGAGGAACGGACGGCCAAGUAUGCCGGUGCCCUCCGUCGACCCACGCCACCCCAGCCCGUGGACAUGCUGCGGCUUCCGACACGCGUUACUACCGUGGCCGAGGGCUUUGCGCUCAUUGACGAAACCAAGCGCCUCUGUUACUUGCUGCUCGACCGAGCCCAGGACAGUAGCACCAGCUCUCGCUUGGUGUUGCAGUACCAGGUUAUUGCCCUUAUUGGCGAGCUUUUCACCAAACGUUUGCCCCUGCCCCUGCCCCCCACCCCGUCAUCGGAGGGCCCGCAUGACGAGGCGGCCAGCGUCGACAUUUGGCAACAAUCCGUGGAUCGCGAACUGCAAAUGGGAAUUCUUGAGGGCAUUUAUCGCCUUGCCUUGACCUAUGGUCAAAUGUGGCAGGCUGUGGACCAUCCCACCCGCGAAAGCGCCUGCGAGUGUUCCCUCGUGGCUGGCUGUAUGCUGGUGGUUUACGACGCCGUCCUUCGCCAAGUGGCUGUGGAUGCCCCGCUGGUUGUUUCGGUGCUCAUUGGGGAGCAGCCGAGCUACAAGCUUUCGACCACCGUCUGCCAGGACAAUCGUCCCUUUGCCGAAGUAGCAACCCGCCUACAGCUCAGCACCCCACACCACGUGCGGGCACGAGAUGGCAUGCUCGCGUACCUGGCCCACGCUGAGGCCACCCACCAGCACCCACUCUUUCAGCUUCGACAGCCGGAGAAGAUUGAGGUCAAAAAGUAUGGCGCCACGCUCCUGUUCCUCCGUGGUAUGUUGGAGCGACUUGGUUACCCCCUGAUUGAUCCCAACAAUCCCAACCCUCCACCCGAGAUCGAGGCCCUGGUUGAAUGGAUGAUUGGUGAGAAUACCACUUUGGCAAAGGAUCAUCCGGAAUGGGGCAUGACACGUGACAUGGUCGUUCUCUUCAAGUUUCUGGCAACCAUGGAGACUCGUGAGAUGGAACUCAUGCGUGGGCGCAAGGACAAGUCACCUUUUGCCUGGUGGUCACUCAGCUUUGAGGAAAGUGGACGCCGGGGCUGGUGGGGCAGUCUGCGUGGCACUCCACUCCGCUGGGAGGCUGUGGGCUUUAGGGGCAUGGAUUUGGACACGGCUGACCUUGAGGUGGUUGGUUUUGGUGAGCGCGCUGUUCGCUUCGGCCAGGGUGCUGCUGUGCAAAGUCCUGCAGAUGUGAGCCGUUUUUUGGGCAUUGAAGGUCCCAGCGAAGAGGAUGUUUUGCACGCCACUGGAUUGCCCACCUUUAACAAUGCCAUCAGCCGUGAGGAAUCGGAAAUGCUCAUGUCCUAUCUGACCGUGGACUAUGUGCGCGUCCCCAUGGUCCUCGGCUUUUUUGCCACCCGUGACCGCGUGACCUACCUCUUUAACCCCAGUCUGCAAGCCCUAUUGCGCGCCGUCCUCUUUGAAGGUGGGCUCUGGGUUCAUCAACAGGAUGACCGCCCCAUUGCAGAGGUUCCGGUGCGCAUGACCGAUCGGCAGCGCCGCGAGCAAGAGGCACGCGACCGCCUCAACGGACGCCAAACCCUGCAGCAGCAGCGACUGGGCACCCCAUUUGGCCUGCUCUACAACGAGCUCAUUCACUGCCCCGGUGCCUGCUUGGACUCCAUGCUGGGCAUUUUCAAGGCCACAGCCGCGCUGCGCCAAUCCUCCGUAUAUACUCGUGACGCAACCUUUCUCCUCUACCUGCUGGACAUGGCCUUGGACACAGAGGCCUACAUCGUCUACGUGCUGGCGGACGACAGUGCGCCUGCCGUCACCUCAAACGGUGUCGAGCUGCGUCCGACCCUCGAGGCUUACCUGGCGCAAUUUCGGGCGCACUUGCGCAACGAUAUCUUGCCCAUGUUGACACGAUGGUGGACCGAAGCGCAAAAGGCAGGCGACGUCAACACGUGUUGUGUGGCUUUGGCGUAUCGCGCCCUAUGCUACGGUAACCAAGACCUGGCCACCCUACCGUUGACCGAGGUUCAAGAUGCCCUCGCCGCCUAUCUUUAUGUUCGCAACUGGCACGGCUUUGGCCUGGGCAUGCAAGUCAGCCAGAUGCACGUGGAGGAAGCUGAGGGUCUGCGACCCCAGGACCGGCUGCGCCGCUUUCUCCAGGCCUACGGCUUGAACACCUCGCGCGUGAAGGAAGACGAUCUCAACAAAUACAUCAAGGGCAAGCCCCUGUUCCUGAACCUCGGCGGCGUCACGGUGCGCGCCCCGACUCUGGCCGACGAGACUCAGGGCCACCAGCGCCUGCCUCCAGCCGAUGUCCCCGAGCACAAACUGAUUCAAAUGCAACACCGCCAGCGCCGCCAGCUCUGUAAGGUUGUACAGGGUCUCUUUGACCAGGGCCAGCUACCCAGCUUUAUGACUGCGGUUCUGCGGGUGGCCCUGCGCUCCGAAGAUUUUGGAGAGAGCGAGUGGGAGCAGCAGGAUGCGGGUCGCUACACAGCGCCCCGCUCCGAGCUGCUCGUGGACUUUCAGACGGGCGAGGUGCUUUGGCGCAAUGACCAGCUCAAGCCUGUGCCGGACAGCAUCGCCCAGAUGAACGACUACCAAGCCUUUUUUCACGGCCGGGCCCUACAUUGCGGCGUGGUGGCGCACCAAAAGCACCGACGCUGGAUUCAUCUUGUGGGCACUGAAUAUGACGUCAUCGAGUGGGACGAGCCCUCGGCUGUGGAUCAGGGUGUCGGGUGUCCCACGGCACCGCCCCUCGAGGGUCCCGGCGACAACGGUGCGUCGGCCACGGCUGACGUGCCACCUGAACGGCAGCAGGCUGCUCACGAGCUAGUUAUGCUCGGCUUUGAUUACGCCCAGUGUGUGCGGGCACUGCGCUUGCACCAGGACAACGCCGAGGCAGCUGCCAACUGGCUCUUUAGUGGGGCGAACGAGGGUGACCUUCCUGCCGAUUUUGACCUCGCUCACCGCUUCACUCGGCGCGCCGAGGCCUCGGAUCAGGUGGGCAUUGAGUUUGCCGAUGCGGCGCUAUACCUUAGCACCAAGUACACUCGACAUUUUGAUCCAUACAGCGAAGAGCUCCACUGCGGGUUACCCGCGACCGAAGCUUGGGUAGCGAGCGCUUUGCGUCCCGUGGUUCUCUUCUUUUACCCCGCCUUCCCACCCGAUCGGAAAAUGAAGUACAAACUCCUGCUGCCCGAAACACCUGCUGAUGCCGAGGCCACGGAAGUUCGACUCCUGGGUUGUGUGGCCCACACGGAAAAGGACGCCACCUGGAAGGAGGUGGUUGUAGACCGCCAUCGCGGCCUCGUGUCCGUUUUCAACCUCACCAGCCACGGCCGUCGGCUGUUUCGCGUGCAGGUGUACAGCAGUGAUCACCGCUUUGCUCUGCAGCCCUUGGCGCUGCGCCUCAACCCAGAUGCCGCACCACAACCUCAGCCGCUGCUGCAUCAGGCUGGUAAUUUUGCAAUCAAGCGGCUGGAUGAGGCAUCGCUGCUUCUGCUCCGCCGCAACCUGCGCAUUGGCGGGCAUGAAACUUAUCUUCCCACGCGUCUCUUGGCCGGGCUCCUCCCGGCUGUCCUUUUUGAGAGCCACCGUUUCUGGCAGGGCGAAGAUGGCUUGAUCCGCGGUGAGCCUCUGGAUGCCGACUCGUCUUGGGGCGCCUACAACGUGCUGGUCCAGCUAAACGACCAAGGGCGCACCGUGCACGUGCGGCGCCAGCCGCUGACGCACGUGCCCACUAACCAACGGCCACGUGAGGACGCGCUUGAGGCAAACAUGCUCGUGCGCCAAACCUCCAGCUCCCAGCCAGCGGAGGCCGAAGUCAGUUUUGACGCCGCCAGCGUGGAACAGCUCACACAGCUGGGCUUUUCUACCGCAACUGCAAAGCUGGCCUUGCGAAACACGGCCUUCAACACGACUCGCGCCGCCUCAUGGCUCUUUGACCCAGCCAACAUGGCAGCCAUUUCGGCCGCCGCCGCCGAAGAAGCACGUGGCGGUCAAGGGCAACGCGGAGCAGACGGUCGCGAGGGCGCCUCCGUAAAUGAAGAACACGUGGCCAUCAUCCUAUCAAUGGGCUUUAGCGAAGCUGCCGCUCGUGCGGCACUGCGGCAUUGCCCAGAACCAGAGACCGCCUUGGCGUGGAUCACAGAUGACGCCAACGCCGCAACUAUUGCUCAGGCUGAGGCUCAAGCAGCCUCGGGCGCACCCGAGCCCAUGGACGACACCCCAGCGGCAAGCCUCGAGCCCGUUCCCAUUGCCUCGGAAGCUGAUUUGCUGCUUCUCAAUUUGCUGAGCGCAGCUCCAGGCACGGCCCUACAUCGACUAGCAUCGGUGCUGGCCCGCAUUGAGGACCUCUCGCACGUCUUGGUUUGGGGACACGGCCCGACACAGAGCCAUGGUAGUUUGACCGAUGCACAUUUAAGCCAGCUGACCGAGAUUGAUUGCAUUGAGCUUCCUCGUCUCAAGCUGCGCUUCAAGCCAGAAAUGUGCAUCGAUGGAGUGCGUCGACUAGCCGUUCUCGACCAGGGGGGAUGGUACAUCAGUGAUGCGCUGCACGAUGAAGCGGUACCGGGUCGAGAGCAACUGCGAGCGCUGUGUGAGACGCUUCACCAAGGCCUGCUCCUCGAAAACGCCAGUGGGGCAUACAUGGUGCUGCUUCCCAAUCAUGACGUCUAUCGCCCCCCAGUCCAAGAUUUGCCGCUCUCGGAGGAACUCCUCUUCGAUCGCGGCUCGGAGCGCUGGCUCACUGCCAUGAGCGCCAAGUUUUUCCUUUACCCGGUUCACGGUAGCCUAACGUAUCUACGACCCACAACGAUGGCGGCCUCCUUGUACCUGGCUCUCGUGCGCCUUCUGGCCCGUGAUUAUGUGGCCGCCCACGAGCUCCUGCAGGCCGUCAGCACGGACACCGACUUGACGGCCGAGGAGAGCCACAUCUUUGAUCAGUUUGAGCGCACCGUACCAGAUCGCCAUCCCGGUGCCCUGGCCUGCCGGCUCAAACUGUACCUCGCCAUCAUGUACUCGGACAACCCGCUUCCCUCCCCCAUCCACGACGAACUGGAGCAAUACCUGCUCGUUCGCUCAGGCUGCCCCGCCGCCUUGCGACUCACAGCGGAAGAGGAGCUGGAUGCCUUGACCAUUUGCCAAAAGAUGACUCCGGUUUUGAAGAACCACCUGGCCUACGUUCAAGAGUUGCUCGGUCGCCACACCGGUGCUCUGCACUUUGGCGUGGAAAAUACCCGCUGCGCACCAGUAAAGCCCGAGCAGGUCGAGCUGCGAGCCCUGAAGCUGCGUGUGGGUGGUCAACCCUGGGCCAAGCUCAACACGUACACGCUCGACUACUUGACAAGAUCGGGAACUCGGCUCACACGCGUUCAAUGCCAGCUCCCCGGCAGGGGCGACGGACGCUUGUCGACCAAGGACGCACUGGCCAUCAUGUGGGAGGACCGGCUGGUUGCUGACGAGGAGUCGGGAAGCAACCGCCAACUAGGCUUUUGGUUUCUUUACUGUCUAGCCACCAAGGCCUGCCAGGUUGAGGGUUUCGACGAGGCUGCCCACCACGCCUAUGCAGAGCUUUUGACCCGUCUAUUCGCCUGCAAAUUGGCGCGUUGGGGCAAAGAAGCUGCCGAUGCCGGCGAGAUUGAGGCUACCCCCAGCUCGCGCAUGGUGAUGCUGGCCAGCAUCCUCUCUGAGAUGAGUGGACAGACCUGGCCCCUACCCUGUCGUGACGAUCACAGUCAACGCCUCCUGCAAGUCGGUGUGGACCUCUACUCCCCACAGCAGCGAGAUACGGCAGUCAAGGCAUUCAUGGAUGAGCUUGAUAUGGUCUACCGAAGCCACAUGACUUCGCCCACGCGGCUAUCUCUUAUGACCAUGCAAAGCGACGUCUUUGGUGCUGUACGCAACCUGGGCCUGGCUCGGGAUCAGAAAGCCCAGCCACACCCUUAUGCAUCAACUGCGCUUCCCCUCCUGACCUCGGACACAAGUCGCGAAGAAUUGACCCUGAGGCCCGUGACCUUUUCCGGGCCCUCACGAGCUACCUCCGGCGAUGACCUGCUGGCCGAUCUCUUGGGCGACUCUGAUAGCCACGCCGACCCUGCCGCCCCUGAUGCUGCCAAGCCCAAUGGCUAUGAUCUUUCCGCACCGGAGUUGGCGGCCUUUGCUACCCGUCCUUUGGCUGCCGUGAAUGCGCAUGAGUUUGCUGCGGAACGGGCCCCUUCCAACACGGCGGACCGCGCAGCAGUUGAUCUGCAGUUUGACAUUUCCCAGCACCCCACCGCCGCUUCGACCGUGUCGCGCGAGAUGAUUGAGCGACUCCGCAACGACAUUGCCACCUACGCCCACACAUACAAUGCGCGGCGCGAGCAAUACUUGGCUGGCUUCCUCGAAUCAGAUGCGGAUUAUCGGAAUCCCAAAGCUCUCGCCGCUGCUCAAGCUCGGUUGCAUGAGCUGGUGCGGCUGCUUCGCGGUGCGCAUGGCCGAGAUGUCGCCACGGCCGUGCAACUGCACGCUGAACUUGAGGAGCGAAUCACGGCGACGGGCAGUGCGAGUGGCGAGGAGCCCUUGCUCUUUGGCAUGGAACAGUUUAUCAACGUUCGCCCGCGCGUGACGCCGGCCUUCGCAUUGUCUUGCGUUGUAUCGGCCCAAGCUGAGCACGAUCUGCGUGUAGGCAACCCCUUCGUGACUGAUACGGAGGGGAUCGUGGCUCUUGGUGCCGUGUACAUGCUGCUCGUAUCGCGGGCUGCGCAGGCUGCACGUGUCGUGCAUGAAUGCAUGGCGCUGCUUGCACUUUUGCAGCGGCUGGCCCUGCACUGCGACGGCGCCAGCGCCGAUGGGAGCGAAGACAAGGAUGACGCUACCACCGCGCUGCAGCGGUCCGUGGCGCAAGCGCAAACUGCGCUCGCAGAGAACCUCUGCAUGCGUCGACACUACAUGCGUCUCGCCACCGAUGCCGACCUACAGGCUUCAAGCGCCAAUGGUGGUCUGGUCACGUUUGACCCCCGCUUUUUGCUCGCCGAGUACAUGUUUGAAAUAUUGUUGCGCGCGCGACAGGUGGAGAUUGUGGGCGACAUGGCCUCGGCUGCACGUGCGGGCACCUCCAAGGUACAGCAAGCCAUCAUGGGCUCCGGCAAGACCUGGGUUAUCGCACCCCUGUUGACGCUCAUCCUCUCCAGCCCCGAAGCGCUAGUUGUACAUGUCAUGCCCACCGCGCUGCUAGAGCAAACGCGCAACGUGUUGCGUGCGCGCUUUGGUGCCGUGGUAGUCAAGCGCGUGUACACCCUCAACUUUGAUCGCAACAUUGAGGAUGUGGAGCGCAUCGGUGAGCUACACGCCAAGAUCCUGUCGGCUCUUCGGCGGCGGGACAUUGUGUGCGCGUCGCCCGAGGUCAUGAAGAGUCUCAUGCUUAAGUUUGUUGAGGAGCUUGAGUGUCUGGAGCGCUGUGACAUGGACAUGCUCACGCCCAACCAGAGUUUGCGCAACAAUCGUGAAGUAGAGCGGCUGCGCGACCAACUGGCCAAUCGCAGCGACAUUGCUGAUCGCGUGGCAAGCCUGCUUGAAAUCCUCCGCGUGCACGGCGUGCUCAUCAUGGACGAGGUCGAUGUCAUUCUCAACCCGCUCAAGAGCGAGCUUAAUUUCCCCAUUGGCGCGUCUGAGCUCAUGCCCUCGUUUCGAUGGGAACUUGCUUUGCACCUUCUCGAUGCCUUUUUCCAUCGGACCGACCAGCGUCUGACAGAUUAUCCCGAUGCCCGCUCCGUAGCGCAGAAGUGCCCAGCGUUGGACCCUGUGCCCGAUAUUCUGGCCCAUUUGGACGCGGCAGUCGAGCAAGGCAUCCACUCGGGCCACCUUCAGCAGGAGCCACACGUGGUGUUGCUAUCUUCUGCCUACUAUGCAGAGCACAUCCGUCCCUGGGCAGCCCGCUGGGCUGUAGUCUGGCUUCUUCACGCGUGGGAUUUUGAUCAGCUGCCCCUACCCUUGCCCGCGCUGUUGGCCUAUCUGGAGCGCGGUUCCAAGGCAGAGGCAGCUGUUCUCACCGUGGUGGGCGGGGCACUCAGUGGGGAGGCCUUGCGCCUCUUGAACCUGGCUUCGGAAUGGAUUCGUACCCUCCUGCCCCACGUUUUGGCCAAGAUCAACCGCGUGGGCUAUGGUUUGCUGACGCCGAGCGAUUUGGCGCGGCUGGAUCCCCGGACACCCCAAAGCCGACGCCUCAUGGCCGUGCCCUUUGUGGGUAAGGAUGUGCCGUCGCGCUCAUCUGAGUUUGCGCAUCCGGACGUUCUUAUUGGCCUCACAAUCAUGGCGUACCGCUACGAGGGGUUGCGGGCUUCGGAUCUCAAACGCAUGGUGGUGCAGCUGAAGCAGGACCUCAGCCGCCAGGUGGGCCCACGCGAGCAGCGACCGGCCAGCGUCGUGUUCCAGGGCUUCUUGGACGCGUCGGCACACGAACCUUGGCGUGCCAGUUGGCUUCGGCCUGCCUUGGAUGCCAAGGACGACGACAUUACGGAAGGCGCUGCCAUCAACAACGACCAGGACGUGAUGGAGCGCUUCAAGGUGAUCCUGCCGCUGCCACUGUUCCAACCCAGCGACGGUGGGCAAAUGGGCGAGCUGCAGCAGUUGCUGCGGCACCUCCCACAUCCCAUCUUCUACUACCUGCGACAACACGUGUUUCCUAGCUGCAUGCGAUCACAAGCAAUCAAGCUUUCAGCCUCAGGUGUGGAUUUGGGCAGCUCCAUCCUGUUUGGCCGAGCCCGGUUGGGUUUUAGCGGCACGCCCAAUAACCUCAUGCCGCAAGAUUUGGGGCGAUGCGAGUACGAACCAGGUUCGGAUGGCAAGGUGAUGCAUGUUUUGACGACACCUCACGUUACCAGCGCUGAAAUUAAAAGCGAUUGGACCCCAAAGUCACUGCUGCGCGAUGUGGCUGCGAGUGGGCUCUACCAUGCCCUCAUUGACACGGGUGCGCUUAUCACCGGCAUGAGCAACGAAAGUGCUGCACAUUUUCUUCUGCAGCACCUACCUCCCACUCCCUUCCAAGGCGUUGUGUACCUUGAUUCUGAAGACCGACAGAUGAUUCUGCUGCGUGCCUCGGGUCGCAGCAUGCCGCUUGCACAGUGUGGCUUGGAACCAGGCCAACGCUUCACCCUUUUUGAUCAGGUGCACACGACGGGCAUGGAUAUUAAGCAAUUUCCCAACGCCCGCGCCGUUGUCACGAUUGGCAAGGACAUGACGUGGCGCGACUAUGCCCAAGGCGCCUUUCGCAUGCGAGGAAUCGGUAAGGGACAAACCAUUUGCUUGUACAUCAUUGAGGAGGUCUUGCAAUUGGUGCGACAGGAACUGGGCGCGCACGCCACACAGGCGCAUCGCUUGGAUGUGCCGGCCUGGCUGCUGAUCAACUCGAUGAAGAUGACAUCCCUACAAUACUGCAAGCUGGGUAUGCAGGAAAUGGGCAAUGUGUGGCGCAAGCGCGCGUUGCAAGCUCUGACGGACGAGUGCCGCGCUGCCCUUGUCCAACAACUACCAAACGGCAACGCAGACACUGCCCCAGCCGUCGAUCCAGACGUGCGGCCCGCACCCGGCGCUGCUCGAAUGCGCCGUUUUGUGGGUCACUCGGUGGAGGUCGAAUGGCGGCGCCGGUGUGUAGAUCAGUUUCGCGAGCGCAUCGGCGUGCCCAUAUCUGAUACCAUCGCUGAACCCGAGUCUUUCUCGUCCCGCCUGCGCGCCCUCAAGGCGGAGCAAGCUGAAUUUGCACCAAGCGAGGCAGAGGCCGCCUUGAUUGACCGGAUCAUCAACAAGGUUGAACAAAUUGGCAACACAUUUGUGACUCAGGCAGAGGGUGGUCUGGACAGCGAGUGCGUACAUGAGGCCGAGGCUCAGGCUGAGGAGGAAGCCGAAGAGGAGGCUGAGCAAGAGCAAGAAAAGAUGUCCGCCUUUAAUCGUGACGAUGAACAGCACAACCCCUGGCGCUUGAGCCUUUUGGCCCACGUGCCGGGCCUCAAGCUGGGCGGCGAAGAGCCUUUUUAUCCCUUUCACGACUUUCAUGUUCGUGAGGAGCAACCACGGUUGGCCUUUCCGCCCAAUUUGCUGCUAACAGACAACUUUUUCCGCCCACGCUGGGUCGGUGUCGGGGAUCGCCGACUGAAAAACGUGGCCUUGAUUAUGGAGUGGCACCCCAGUCUGGCGCGUGAUGUUUUGCGUCGCCAGGUGGGUCUAUGUUUUCAAGCGCUUCUGGCCCAAGGCGUAGCGCCAAACGUUGCUGCUGCCCGGGCCUUGCAAGAGGCCACAGCCUCAGUCAAUGCCACACCUGCUGCAUUACAAACCCAGAGCAGCGAGUCCCCCGUCUACCAGGUGGCGCUGAGUCUGGCUGAAGGUGAGACGCUGCGUCGCGCCAUACACUCGCGCCAAGAAGUGUUUCGGGCCUGUGGCGUGAGACUGUACACGAUUGAUGGUGUCAUGUUGGACGCCAGUCACCUCCUGCGUCAUCUUGCGCCGGAUGGUGCAGCUGAAGCCGCGCACAACCGCGCCGUUAGCCUGGCCUGCCUGCGCUUUAUCAACAACGAAAUGUUCUUUGAUGCCGAGGCCUUGCAACUACUCCUGACCGCACUUUCGUCCAAUCCAGUGCCGUCGCGUGUCAAGUUCUUUGAGGAGUGUCAGCGGCUGCGCCGGCGCGAACGCAAUCGAUGGGCGGACACACCCUUGGCCAAGGUCUUGACUGAGGAAGCGCAAUGGCAUCUAUUGGAUGCGCGUGCCAAGUUGGAGCAGCUCAAUACCUCCCUGCGUGCUCGCCCCGCCAUUGAUUUGCUGGCAGCAUUCCGUCGUCACGCGCAACGAGCUGAGAGCGGCGCAGCACUCCCACGCGCUGAUCUGCAGCGGUGUCUCGAGAGCCUGCAGCUGGGCUUUUCCCCACGAGAUUUGGCAGAGCUGGUGGCAUUGGUGGUGCGCCCAGAUGCUGAAAUGUUGAGCGAGACUGAGCUGCGCGAGCACUUUUUCACUCGCGAACCCGAGGCUGAGUCCAUGGAGACUGAGAGUUCUGAGGAUGAGGUUUGGUUGUGCCAAAAUUGUACCUUUGUCAAUCCCAUGACUGAGCGCUCGUGUGCCAUGUGUGAGCUCGGUUGGACUGGUGAGCGUACCUGUCCCAGCAACAAGUGGACUUGCCUGACUUGCACCUUCUUUAACCCCAACUCGCUGUUUUAUUGCGACGUCUGUGGCAAGGUGCGUCCCGACUUGGCGUCGGUUCGUUUUUAACACACGAUCCGAAUGUU